AUUAAUUUUUUUAGGUCACGUCUCCCAGCUAGCUGUAUCUGUGUCGUGCGUCGUAGAAGAUCUACCAAGGUCCAGUAGGCAUUACACUUCUGGUCUAGCUGUGGCACAGUGUGGGUCGGAUUGCGGACUAGUUGUCCGACAUUUGCAUCGGCCGGGAUCGGGCGAAGCGCUGAAGGCCUGUAAAGGAGCGGCGCAAAUGACCCUCUGCUUCCGGCCGACUCGCGAGGAGUGAGGCUAUUAUUCUACGCAGCGCGGACGCUGUGUUACACGAUCUCCACCUAAACGCGUAACGUCGUUAUUACCGCAGGUGCGCAGCUGGUGUGGAUUAGCGCAAGAUCAAGAAGGGAAUGAACUCAAGAGGAUCAAUGGAGAGGGAGACGGUGGCCAACAGCGAGCUGCUCUACAAGCAGCAGACUCGAUUCGGACAGACGUACAAGCAGUACUUUUUCCGCUUUGUGAAGCCACCGGCAAGCGGCGGUUGCUACGCGCUACAGUACUCACACAGGAACAAGCUGGCGGAGAUCAAGCUGGAUAAUGUGCUGUCGGUGGACAGCCGGCAUGCCAAGAGCCAGGACUAUGCGUUCGUCAUCCACUGUCUGGAUUCCAAGUACCAGUUCGCCUGCACCAGCCUGAAUGACAUGGAGCGAUGGCUCGGUACGCUGCGCAAGGAGCUGUUGGCAGCACCGGUUGUGGCCAAGCCCGGCAAAGAUGUGGUCGGUGUGGAGAUUGACCCCACGGCGCUGUCGCGACACUUGCAGCUCGGUGGUCUCUACCUACUCGAAGUGACGCAGUCGGACAUCAUCCUGUGGCUGCCACGCUCGCGCAAGGAAACCAUCCGCUGGUCUCUUGGCUGCAUCCACAGCCUGGAUCACCUGAAGCCGCAAGGAGCACAGCUGCAGAGUAUUAUCAUCGAACUCAACGAGUUGAGUGCAACGGGCCAAGGCACGCUGAUAUUCAAGACCGAAGAUGGACAGGACCUGGUGGACCUGGUGGAAAAGUACACCGGCAAGAAGGUUCAAGGUCUGGCGGCGACGCUGCAGAAUCGAAAGUCCGUACGGAAACGCACGUCGUCGCAGGAGAACCUGCGCAACAUGCGCGGCAUGGAUCCCAUAUUCGAGGGAAGUUCCCGCACCGUCCCCGGUAUGCCCUCAAGUGCACUGCGCAGGAGAGGAUCAGGAGGCAGGAAAGGUAGUGGAAGUUUCCGUCGCUACGGAUCAGAGAGUUUCUUCUCAGAUCAUCGUUCGGCUGGAAUUCCGCCUCUACCCCGGAGACCUGACGAACCCUUAGGAGCACAGCAGCGAACUGACGGGCUCAAGCCAGUCAUGCUACCAGCGACGUUUGGCCAGGCUGGCUCACCACCGACCUCCCACUCUCCGUCAUCUCCUCGUGCCAGAAAGGCGGUGCAGCUGGGCUUCAGUCUGUCGGUGUCACCGCCUGCUGCCAAUACGACGACACGGGACAUCACCAACGAAUGCUCUAGCAUACCCCCACUGCCACCGCGCAACCCAGACCGCUCACUUUCCCUGUCAUCUACUGCAUCUGCUGGCUCGGGGUCUGCGUUUGGCAUGAUUGAGCCGGAUGAGUGCCCCACGCCACCAUCAGCAAGAAUGGGCAGGUAUGGAUCUUGGGAUGGUGGUUCCGAAUCAUCUGGUCUGAGUCCUAUGGGUCUAUCGAGUGGCACGCCGCCGAUCAACCGCUGCGCCUCGCCUAUCUUUCCGCCUCUUCAAAACCCGCCAUCGUUGCCACCUCGCCCGGCGUCCCCUAGUCCACAGCGAGCUAAUACUAAUCUUCCGCCGGCUAUUCCUCCAAGACCGGACCUGUGUGCAACCGACUCGGUAAAUGGCAGAGGGCCGCAAGGCAUUGCCACACUGGCAACGUCUCCUCUUCGUUCUCUGCCAUCACACAUGCCACCACCGGUAUCACCGCGGAGUGCAGCAUCACUUCCCGUGAACCACUCCUCCAUACAUGGCGGGAGUUCGCCUCUCUUUCCCCGGCAGAGCUACGAAAACACGAAUUUGCCAUCGCGCUUGAGGUAACGGCGACGGCUUGCUGAAUGCUACUACUUUGCUCACUCAUGGGUAGUGAAUGGUCUUCACUUUGCCCUGGUGCUGGCUAGGUACAUGCAAGAAGAGAUGAACGCCUUGCUCAUUCCGAGCUCAGAGACAUUCCAGUCGUGAGUGAUAGCUGUGUAAGACACUUCAGCUGGUGCUGAUCUUGAUUCGCUAACCGUCUCUGAGUUGCAGAGGAGGGUCACUAGGAAGGACUACCGUUUCUGAGAUGCCAAUGCGUUCAGAGCUGCAUUCGUGCUGCUUGCAGUGCAGUGCACAUUGCAUGCCUUCCAUCACCUGCCUCCACUGAGCCUCAAGUAUAAAUAGACACAUAUCUAUAGCAACUUGACUUCUAAUUUUAAUAUAUCAAUUGCUACACAAAUUUGAAUUUGCUGCAGUUUCUUUCUUAGCAUUCUCCACACAGAUGGCAGCGUAUUUUACAGAUUGUUAUUUUCACUUGAAUGCUAGCAGAUACUGCCAGCUUGCUUAGUUAUUUCUUUCAGGAUGUUUACUUUCCUUUUUGUCAAUGCAAGACAAUGCUAACCUUCAGUCCCGAGGAUGUCACGCGACGUGCACCUCGCUAUAA